AUGUGCUCCUCGUACGGAGACCGUCACUUCCGAACCUUUGAUGGUUUUCUCUACGACUAUGUGGGGACCUGCAGAGUGCAACUGCUCAAGAGCAUGGUGGACACUCCCCUCAGUAUCUCGGCUCAGAACCUGGACUGUGUGGACCGUGGCGUGGUCUGCAGGAAGUCUCUCAUCAUCAGUGUGGGAUCGACGCUGCUGGUUCUGGAUGACGACUCGGGGAAACCGAGCGCCUCCAGUGUCCUGGACCUCAGGCAGAGACUGUUCCUCUUCUCCGCCGGGAUCUUCUCCGUCUUCCACUUCCACGACCAGGACCUGACGGUUCUCUGGGACCGCAAGACCACUGUCCACGUCCAGGCCGGUCCCCGAUGGCAGGUACCCUCCCCCUGUACCCUCCCUCUGAUGGCAGGUACCCUCCCCCUGUACCCUCCCUCUGAUGGCAAGUACCCUCCCCCUGAUGGCAGGUACCCUCCCCCUGAUGGCAGGUACCCUCCCCCCGAUGGCAGGUACCCUCCCCCUGAUGGCAGGUACCCUCCCCCCGAUGGCAGGUACCCUCCCCCUGUACCCUCCCCCCGAUGGCAGGUACCCUCCCCCUGUUCCCUGAUGGCAGGUACCAUCCCCCUGUACCCUCCCUCUGAUGGCAGGUACCCUCCCCCUGAUGGCAGGUACUCUCCCCCUGUUGGCAGGUACCCUCCCCCUGAUGGCAGGUACUCUCCCCCUGUUGGCAGGUACCCUCCCCCUGAUGGCAGGUACCCUCCCCCUGAUGGUACCCUCUCCCUGUACCCUCCCCCUGAUGGUAGGUACCCUCCCCCUGUUCCCCGAUGGCAGGUACCCUCCCCCUGUUCCCUGAUGGCAGGUACCCUCCCCCUGUACCCUCCCUCUGAUGGCAGGUACCCUCCCCCUCUACCCUCCCCCUCUACCCUCCCCCUGUACCCUCCCUCUGAUGGCAGGUACCCUCCCCCUGAUGGCAGGUACUCUCCCCCUGUUGGCAGGUACCCUCCCCCUGAUGGCAGGUACCCUCCCCCUCUACCCUCCCCCUGUGCCCUGAUGGCAGGUACCCUACCCCUGUACCCGCUCUCUGAUGGCAGGUACCCUCCCCCUGGGAAGCUGAGGGGUCUGUGUGGAAACUUUGACCUGAAAACAGUGAACGAGAUGCGGAGCCCAGAAAACAUCGAAGCAUCAACGCCUCAGGAGUUUGGGGACAGCUGGACAUCUCCUCAGGUCAGAGUCCGGUACCACGGGCCAGAGUCUGGUACCACGGGUCAGAGUCCGGUACCAUGGGUCAGAGUCCGGUACCACGGGUCAGAGUCCGGUACCACAGAUCAGAGUCCGGUACCAUGGGUCAGAGUCCGGUACCACGGGUCAGAGUCCGGUACCACAGAUCAGAGUCCGGUACCAUGGGUCAGAGUCAGGUACCAUGGGUCAGAGUCAGGUACCACAUGUCAGAGUAUUGUAUGUGCCGGAGUCCGGUACCAGAGGUCAGAGUCCGGUACCACGAGUCAGAGUCCGGUACCACAGUGGCCCCCAACUCCCUGUGUGGUACCUGACCCUGUGGUACCUAACCCCCCCUCCCUUGUGUGCAGUGUGACAGCAGAGCAGACCCCCCUCCCUGUGGUACCUGACCCUGUGGUACCUAACCCCCCCCCCUCCCUUGUUGUGACAGCAGAGCAGACCCCCCUCCCUGUGGUACCUGACCCUGUGGUACCUAACCCCCCCCUCCCUUGUGUGCAGUGUGACAGCAGAGCAGACCUGGCCCCGGCCUGCUCCCUGUUCCCCCUCAGAGAACCCUUUGCAAAGAGACAGUGUUCCGUGCUGCUGAGCGAAGUGUUCCAGAGCUGCCACCCAGUGGUGGACGUCUCCUCCUUCUUCCUGAACUGUGUGUCCUCCUCCUGCUCCUGCAGCAGUGGAGGAGACUGUGAGUGUUUCUGCUCCAGUGUCGCUGCGUACGCUCAGCGCUGCUGCCUCCAGGGGGCGCCAGUGGACUGGAGGAGCCCCGAGCGCUGUGUCCUGGGGAAAGGUCCGUACAGACUGAUUCCGUUCCGAGACCGAGCGUCUGUUCUGGCCUCCAGCCUCCGCCCCCUCUCAGCUGGCUCCUCCCCCGGCUCUUCCCCUGGCUCCUCCCCUGGCUCCUCCCCCGGCUCCUCCCCUGGCUCCUCCCCUGGCUCCUCCCCUGGUUCUCUGGGUUCUCUGGGUUCUCUGGGUUCUCUGGGUUCUGUGAUCCUGGUCCGAGCCAACAGCAGCGAGAUCCAAGGUCAUCUGGUGAGGCAUUAA